UAUGUUUGCUAAAAUCAUCAAUUUUAAUAUUGUAUCAUUACAGUAUUACUACAUUAUUACAACUGCAAAAGUUAAAUUUGAUUUUGUUUAUGUUGUCAUGUCUAGCAACAUUUCUAUUUCCUUGAGUCAUUUAACUUGA